ACCUGACUUCGCACAUGGCUGAGAUCCAGACUUUUUACGCAGGAGGUGCCCUCGGCUUCCAAGGCUCGUUGCACUCCUCUAUGAAAAGGAGGAAACGUCGCGUAGGCUGUCACGUGAGGAUCUGUAAACGACAGGGGUCUCGACCUCUUGUGUGCCACCGCACAGCACACGUGUAUGUGUCCCAGACUCACAACCUGCACAGCAACCUAGAGAGGGAAAGCCCUCCCUAGAGUUUGUAUGUGUGUGCACAGCACUCAUUCCUCAACCGAACCAAGACCCAGCUGUGCUCCUGUUUUGCCUCCCCCGGAGUUGGCGGGCCUCAGGGUAGACGCAUGCGCGCUGUCAAUGAGGGGCCCCGGUCCGCGCUUGGCUACAGCUGAAGCCUCAUUGCUUCUCCGCCCGGGUCAACUGGCGAGCGGACACGCACUAUACGCAUGCGCGCCGCAGAGCCUGUAGCCCUCGCAUAGGUGGGGUUUUUUUUUGUUUUUUGUUUUAACCAAUCGUCAUCCGAGGCGCACGCAAGCGCAACCUCCCGCGUGUAGGAAAAUGGCGGGGAAGUUAGAGCCUUUGGCAAUGGAGCCGCCGGAAGUUGUGGAGGAGACCGAGGAGGCUGAAGGGCAGACCAAGCCUUUGAAGGUGCCUGAAGACUUGCUGGCAAUGGUGAAAAAGCUGCACAAAGAGGGAAGUCUGGAGCCACAGAUUGAAGACCUGAUUAACCGGAUUAAUGAGCUUCAGCAAGCAAAGAAGAAAUCCAGUGAGGAAAUGGUAGAGGCCCAAGCUCUCUGGGAGAGCCUGCACAGGGAACUGGACUCCUUGAAUGGAGAGAAAGUUCACCUAGAGGAGGUCUUGAGCAAAAAGCAAGAGGCACUGGGGAUCCUCCAGCUGCACUGCCAGAGGAAGGAAAGUGGAGCUCAGAGGGUUCAGGUUGAAGAACAGCUGGAGAAUUUGAUGAGCCAGCACAAGGACCUCUGGGAAUUGCACGUGAGCCAUCCUCAUUGCCUCCAACCAAAGCCCUUCCUCUCCUGGCUUCUGUGUCCCCACAGACUGGCUCGGUGCCCACCCACUGCUCAGCCCCAACUCCAUGAGAUAGUCCUUGUCUCCUUUCUUCCUCUUACCCACCUAGUCACCCCUCCCGCUUUUACCUUAAAUCUAGUCACCUCUUACCAUCCCGCAUUGCCAUGUCUAGCAUCUAUGGCCCGGCCUGUUGCAGUAGCCUUUGCCGAGCAUUCUGCUUACUUCCUGCUCACCUAGAGUUCGCUCCCCUUGCAGUGGCAAAUGGGAACCCUGAAAAAGCCAUGGUUUGAUCAUCCCUUCAUUCAAUUAAUGUUGCUGGAUGCAUCCAGCAACAUUCCAAGCAGGAAGAGACAGUGAGGAGCCAAAGGGGUCAAGGAUUUGUUGUCCCCAGGAUGGUUGGGGGGGUGGAGGGGGGCAUACUCAGACUCCAAACAAAAAAAUAAGUAGAUAGAUCAUGUAAUGUCAGUGGGGAAGGCGUCUCUAAGCAGGUGACAUCUGAAUGCAGACAUAAAGUAAGGGAGGAAAACAUUCAGGUUUCGUGGUGCAAAUGCUCCCGGAAGCAAUGAAAGGCAAUGCAAAGGCCCUGAGGCUGACGCGCGUCUUGGGUAUUUGAA